AUGGAGACAAUAUAUUGUAGCGCCUGGGGAAUUGCCUCAAAGGGGUAGCUAGGAUGCUUUUAUCACUCUAAAAGUAGUAUUAACGCUUUGAGAAUACCAAAUUAGUAAUAGGAGGGAGGUUAUAUUGAGGUAUCCUGCGGAGAGAAUCAUAAUUUAUUGCUUACAGAUUAAUUGCAGAUUCACUCUUGCGGUUCAAAUACUUAUGGUUAACUUGGAAUCGGGAAUAUGAAUGCUUUGUAGAUCUAGCAAUCAAACAAUCAACAGCAAACUUAAAUCCAGAGUACUGUUUUUAGGAUUAAAACCUUCAAUACUGAUCAGAGUUAGCUAGAUGGCUCAGACACUAGAGAUCUUGCUUCAAGUAAUAAUCAGAAAAGACGUUUUCAAUAGAUUUCCUGCGGAUCAGAGCAUUCCUUUGCUCUUUCUGAAGAAGGGGAGUUAUUCUCAUGGGGGCUAAACUUUAAAGGUUAAUUAGGACUUGGAGAUUUUGAUAAUAGAUAUGAACCUACCCUAAUAGAAAAUUUAUGCCCAGUUGACUCUGUAUAGAACUAAAAUAAGAGGAACUUACUCUCAAUGAUUAAAAGAUCAAAAUCAAAGGAAGGUGGGUAGAGUUAAAGAAACAAUAAUGGUUAUGAUGAAAGCUAGUUUUCUUAGACUAUGAAUGUUUAAGAUUAGAAGGGAAGCUCCCAUCAAAGAAACAACCAAGGAAGUGGUGGUGUAGGCGGAGCAAGCAAAAGUAUAUUUAAUGCUUCGUAUAAAGAAUUGAAGCCAUCAAAGUCAGUCGAUCUAUCAAGUUUUAACAACAACAAUAAUAAUGGCUAGCAAUACGAUGAAUAGCUUUUCAAUCAGUUAAGUUAGACCCUGAAUCUAGGAAGUGAUUCACCAACCAACGCAUUUUUAUUGAAGGUUACUGAAAAGAUUGUAUAAGUAGCUUGUGGUUCAAUACACACUCUUGUUAGAUCUUCUCUUCAUAGAAUAUUCUCAACUGGUAACGGAAGUACAUACGCUUUAGGACAUAAAAAUAGAGAAUCUUGCGCAUCGUUUAAACAGAUAGAGUUCUUUAAUGGAAAUGAUGAAGGUGUGUAAGGGUUAGGGAUCAAAACUAUAGCAUGUGGUUUAUCUCAUAGUGGUUGUGUCUUGAGUGAUGGAAGUGUAUACUUAUGGGGUAUUGUAGGAGAUAUAUAGAACAGUAAAGAUAAUCUUGGAAGAGGCCUUUUAAAAAAGCCAACUAAAAUCUCUUUCAAAGGUAACAACAACAGCAAUGACAAUAGUGGAAACGUUUCUCAUAGAAGAAGAUCAAAUGCGUAAGAUGAACUGACAGCUGUGAUAAUUGAUGAUUUGAAAUUAGGAGAGUAAUUUAGCGUGGCUCUUUCAAAUAAAGGUAUAGUUUACACUUGGGGACUAAAUGAUAAGGGUUAGUUAGGUAACGGUACUGAGUAGUCAACUUUAGAUCCAGUGCCUGUUCCUUUGAAAUAGCAUAUUAUGAAAAUCGAUUGUGGAUUAAAACAUUGCCUCGCUCUUGCUAAAACUAACUAAAUAUAUGUUUGGGGAUCAAAUAUGCAAAAUUAAUUGGGAAAAAAACUUCCUAAUUUACAGUAAUUUUCGAAUAUACCUAUUUUGAAUUCAGCAUUUGAAAACGCUAAACCUUUUAAAAUAUCUUGUGGAUCAUAUCAUAACGUAUGUCUUAGCUAUAAAGCACCAAAGCUUGAAGAAAAUGUUAAUUCUGACCAAGAUGAAAAUAAAGCAAUUUUAGGAGGAAAAUCAAUGAACUAGUAAGAAGAAUUGAAGUAGAGUAAUGCGACUCACAACGAUGAAACUUGCCCUAAUGCAGAAUAAAUCAAGAAGUUGAAAGGUGAAAUUAAAAGGUUGAGAUAGGAGCUAAUAUUAAAGGGAGUAUCAAGAAAAAGAAAUGAUGAAGAUAAUUACAACAGUGAUGAUUCUGAGCUCGAUGAAGAGGAAAAGGCAGCUAUUAGAAUGUUACCACCUGAAGCUAGAAAAUCCUUAUCUGAGGCUGAGUAAGCUGGAGCAAAUAAGUAAUACAUUAAGAGAAAGAUCUAGUAACUUCUUAUCUAACAUUAACAAUAAAUGACUAAUAAUGGAGUUGAAAAGACAUAAGGGUUCCAAGCUAACUAUGAAAUAAGCUACAAUGAUUUGCAAUUUGAUAAGAAACUUUCGGAAGGUGGCUAUGGAAUAGUCUUUAGAGGUAGAUGGAAACACACAGUUGUAGCUAUUAAAGAAAUUAAAAAGGAAAUUAUUGAGCAAGAUAAGCUAGAGGAAUUUAAAAAUGAAUGUGCAGUAAUGGAAGUUAUUAGGCAUCCAAAUGUUGUUCUUUUCCUUGGUGCCUGCACUAAACAACCCAACCUUUGUAUCAUUCUUGAAUAUUGCAAUAGAGGUUCACUUUGGAGUUUAUUGCAUGAUCCCUCAAUAAAACUUAAUUGGGAAUAUAGAAAGAAGUUUUCACUUGAUAUUGCAAAGGGUGUAUAUUAUUUGCAUACAAAUAAGCAACCUAUUCUCCACAGAGAUCUCAAGAGUUUGAAUGUGCUCCUUGAUUAAGCUUUGACUUGCAAAUUGGCAGAUUUUGGUUGGACUCGUAUUAAGGCAAAGGUUAUGACAUCGAAGAUUGGAACCUAUUAAUGGAUGGCUCCUGAAGUAAUCAAUGGAUAUAAAUAUACUGAAAAAGCAGAUGUUUUCUCUUUUGGAAUUAUUCUUUGGGAACUUGCUACCAGAAAGCCACCUUAUUAUGGUAUAGAUGGAUAGGAAGUCAGCAGGAAAGUAGUUAAAGAAGGUUUAAGACCAAAGAUUACAGAGAAAGAAGCUCCAGGAGUAUUUUUGGACUUGAUGAAAAGAUGCUGGCAUGAAGAUCCAGAGAGAAGACCAUCAUUUGGAGAAAUUAUCAGAGAACUAGAAGCAAUGAAUUUCAAGAAUAUGCCUUGA